AUGAACUCGAUUAAAAUGGAAAUAAAUAAUCCAUCCUUCAAGAUUGCUGUAAUUCCUAUGAAUAAAAACAUUAAGAAAAAGAAAUAAAAUUCUAAAAUCAAGGAAUAAUAUCAAAAUUCAAUACCCUAGCCAAAAGAGUUUGUGACUACAUUUAUUAUUCCAAGAAAUAUUAAUCAGAACUAAUACUUUCGAACGAAGCAAAACAUACAAUUUGCUCUUACAACAUUCAAUGAUAAUACUCUAGGAGAAUUAGGAAUCAACAUAUUCAGUAUUGGGUACUCUGUUUCUCAAACUGAUAUUCAACAACAGAAAAUGGAAUAUCAUUUUUAGGCUAGAGACUUUGAAUUAGCUGAUAUAUCCACGAUAUUUUAGAUGUUAAGAAUAUUGAACAUGGAUAAGGCUUAUAAUAAUUUGAGUAAAUACUUAUAAAGAUAUGACUAAAUAACAUCGAUCCCAUGUUCAAAAGACUUUGAAAUAUCUCAAGUGGAAGAACUUGCUUCUAAAUAUCCAUAUGAAUGUUAUACAUUUCGACAUGAAAGAAAUGAGUCUGUUAUUCUAAAAUACACUCAUAAUAUAAAAUUUCUACAUUUAAUGGGUAUAACAAUUGACAUGAUUGAAGAGUAUUUAAGAGAAACAAAAACACUUCCUUGUGCUAUAAGAGUCAAUAAUUAUUUAGAAGUUUGGCAUUAAGUAUUUGAAGCAGUUUCAAACGACUAAUAAAUAUUUGAAAUGGAAGUGUAAAAUUUUAAUGGAAAAAGAUUUUAUGUUAAAAUAAAAUAAGCACAAAUUUUUGUAGAAAAAGAUGGAAAACUGUAUGGGUAUUUAUAUUGGAUAUACUUAACUGAUACUAAUCAAAAUUUAGCAAUAAAAAACUAUGAAGCUGAAUUAGAAAAAUUAUAUCCUAAACCAAAAGAAUGUCUUUACAAAUAAAUAAAAUGA